UGCUUGAAUUACAUACAUAGAUAGUGGGAGCACAUUGUAGCGAUAUAUUCAGAUGAAGCCCUCUGGUUCUGGUCCAUGAUCUCCACUUGAAGUGUCUUGGCCGUGAUCGUGACGGUCUUGUCGGCGGUUAAUGCCCGGGAUCGGACAGUCGGAGUCGUCGCGCACCCGCUUUCUCCAACUCAGUCUUGCCUCGCAGUGAUGUGACUGUAUUGACUGAUUGCGCCUCAAACGUCGCCGGUUGCGGAGAUGUGUAGGCAUUGAUGUCCCACGAGUUUCCAAUGUGCCUGACAUUUACUCCGACGUCCUCAUGCGCGACGCGAUGCCGAAUGUUCCGCAGGUUCACUCCGAUCGUAAGGUGUAGAGACCUAGCCCAACCAGUUCAAGCGAUUCCAGGGAAAUCCCAUCCACUGAGGAGCGCCUCGUCCGGGUGCGGAAGAGAAGAUGCGGUACAUCUUGUUGAUGCCUGAGCCAUUUCCCAGUUAUGCGCAUGCCCUAGACGGAAGACCGGGUACUUUGUUUCUUGCGUUCGGCGCCACCCGCCUUGAUAUCAUCUACGGUGAUGCAGAAAUCGAUUUCGCGCAGGUUAAACGGAUGAACGUUCGUCGUCGUGCAAUGGAGUUUGCCUGGCCAGCGUUCCGGUUUCCACUGAAAGCUUCCGGGCGCUCGCAAACAAAAGUCCAGGAAACCCUAGCCGGCCAAAGAACAUCUCGCGUCAGAUCGAGGCGAAAGAGCUUUAGAGAAGUAGUGUCGACACAGCGAUUGAACGGGCAUCCUGCGGUGCGAGACGGUCGUUGUGAUCAACAUCCUCCUGUCGCGUUAUGGCAGGAGGCAAACACCCGUCGCUGCCUCACUAGCUUCGGUAUCCUCACCUCAAGUUCGACGCAACUCUCGGACAAUCGACAUGGUAUUUUCCUCAUCACACCUAUGAUCCCGACAAGAACAUCCGUGAACGUGUGCCACUCGAUCAAUGUUGGACAGAAGUCGCCAUGCGCGGCGGAUUGCGGUCUUCUGGUUUGUAGGUAUCGAAGUGCCACCUUGGAGUUCCAUGGCCGCCACCGCUUGCCGCGCCCACCGCAAUUGGAAGAAUUGAGUGUGCUCUUCGCGUGUCCAUUGCCACCUCCGACUGUGGUGGAGGAACUCAAGGAAUGUCAUAUCUCCCUCUGGUAUAUUCACCCUUGGUGGUUCGGUGAUGGGCCAAAAGGGUGGUGGCGGGGGGGGGGGGGUGGCAAGUCGUCAACAUCGUCCAACUCUCUAUCCCCAUUUCCGUCCAGAUCCAACAUCUGCAUGGCAUCUUCAAUCUCACGAUCGUCCUCGGCAUCGUAAUCCUCCUCAAACGGCCAAUACUCUGGCCCAUCUUCGUCAUCCCGCUCGUCAUCCCGCUCGUUAUCCCGCCGCUCGUCAUCCCGCUCGUCAUCCCACUCGUUACCCCGCCGCUCGUCAUCCCAAUCCUCUUGAGCAGCCUGAUGUUGUUCGUCUGACCGACUAGAAUCACAAGAUGACGACUGAUGUGAUCCCGACCCCAUCCCCGCCCUCCCCGCACA